UGUUGGUGUCUCGCGCACGCACGCACGCACGCACGCUCGCGACUACUGUAGGCUGACGUGAACGUGCACGACGACGACGACGAGCAGGCGCGCAUAUCAUCUGCGAUAUUCGUGCGUGUGUGUGUGUGUGUGUGUGUGUGUGUGUGUGUGUGUGCGCGUGUGCGUGCGUGCGUUAUCGAUUUGCGUCGUUCAGUAGAGGCGAAUCACGACUCGGGUCGGAUCAGGUGGCAACCAUGGGCAAAGUCCACGGGGGAAUGAAAUGCGUGAAAUAUCUGCUAUUCGUGUUCAACUUCAUCUUUUGGUUAUCCGGCUUGUUGGUUCUGGCCGUGGGACUUUGGCUGCGGUUUGAUCCAGAAACGGUGGAGCUGCUGACGGGCAACGAUGCCCCUGACACCUUCUUCAUUGCCGUGUACAUUCUCCUGGGUGCCGGCAGCUUAAUGAUGCUGGUCGGCUUCUUUGGUUGUUUCGGGGCCGUUCGGGAAUCUCAGUGUCUUCUCGCCUCGUUCUUUGCCUGCCUGUUGAUCAUUUUCGCUGCGGAGAUUGCAGCCGGCGUGUUUGGAUUCAUCAACAAGGAGCAGAUUGUCGAGGAGGUGCAAAAAUUCUACAGCAGCUCCAUCAGUGAGACGUCCAAUCCCAAUGCAACUGCCAUCGCACUUAUUUACCACAAAACUCUGAAUUGCUGUGGGGGCUCAACGUCAGCGGCUACAAGUGACCUGUGUCCAGACGCCCCAGAGACCAAGGACUGUCUGAGCGCUAUCACCGAUUUCUUCAACGACAAGCUGCACGUCAUCGGCUACAUCGGGAUUGGGAUCGGAGGAGCAAUGAUCCUAGGGAUGAUUUUCAGCAUGGUGCUGUGUUGUGCCAUCCGGAACAGCAGAGAGGUCAUAUAGCAGUCCCUCAUACGACCCCUUGGACUGAUCCCCUCUCCUCCGCACAUAACACACAUUCCCGGCUUGUGGCACGCUUGUGACAUUCCCGCUGUUGUAAAUAAGGGCCCCUCUUCUUAAAUCGUACAUAGUGUGUGCCUUGUUGUUUUGGAGGACUAGCCUGCCUUUUUUUGUGGACCUCACUUCAUAUAGAAUGUACUACAUACUGUAUUGUGCCUACUUGACAAGCCUUGUGCAGCUAACAGUCUUAUUUGUUACAUUUGUUUUAAAUGUGUGCUUGUGUGGGGGUUCUCAGACUAGUGGCUCCCUCACCAAUUUCCAAAAACAUGCAUGAUUUAUUUUUUUUUUUGGUCUUUAUGUGCCCCGCAAUCAGAUUGGAACCAGUCCAGGGUGUUAAGCGAACUCUGCCCAAAACCAGCUGGGAUACACUCCAUCUCACCUGCAACUCUAAAGCACUCUAGAAAUGCAUCUAAUUGUGUACAUAUUACUGCAAGUAGUCACUAAACAAUCUCUGUACUUCUAAAGAUUUUAACGAUCUUUUUAAAAGGUGACGUGGGUACUAUAAUUGUUAAUGUACUGUACAUGAUUUUGGGUGUGCCAAUAAAAACAGAUACAUGUA